AUGAUCACAGAUGACCAACUGAAUACAUUAGCUAUCACAUUUGGAAUAGUGAUGUUCUCAUUGAUUGUGGUCUAUUGCGCAGUCUCUCCGAAAACAAAGAGACAAGUAUAA